AUGGCCGCUAACGCCGGGGCGGGUGGCUGGCAGGGCAGCACCACUGUUCUUGCCCUGGCCUCGCGUGUCCCUCUGCCGACGCCCGCCGAUGCCCAAGCCGACUCUGCUGCAGACCCUGCUCGGCCGCCCGUCGCAGUCGCCGCCCUCGCGCCCCCGGAGCUCUCUCGUGGUUUCACCCCGUCUCCCACCCCCGAGCAGGACCCUCGUACCGACGGAGCCGUCACCCCCGGUCCUCCAUCACGCUCAUCCUCAGAGACCGAGCCCCACUCGGCGUCCGUCUCCCGGACGCCCUCCGGCUCCUCGCUCUCCUCUUGUGCGUCCGCUGGCUCUACAUCUCUCUUCGAUGCCGCUGCCCCCUCCGUGCUCUCCGCCGACACUCGGGUCACGACACCCGCCGUCUCAGACGCGCCACCCAAGUCUGACGAUAGCGAGCACGAGCAUGAGAUGAUCACCAUUGUUCCCAUCCCACAGGCUCGUCGCCCCCGACCCCGCAGCAUUGACCUGUCCUCCAGCUCACUCGCCCCUCGCCCCGUGCGCCGCCACUCACAGCCUGUGCCCGCGCGCUCCGACGAGGACUGGGCCCGUGACGUCCGCUGGCUCGUUCCCCCGCCCGCGUCGCCUGUCCGACCACCACCGUCGCCACACCACGCUGCCCCGCCACACACACCGUCGCCCCGCCGGCGCUCGCGCCCACUACACCCCGACCUCCUCCCCCCGCCCGGUCCCGCGCUCGUGAUUCCCGCGCCACACCAGCUCGAGCGGCACUCAUUCCCGGACGUGCCCGUUGUACCCCAGCGCCCGCGUACGGGAAGCAAAGCGCGUCGCCCGCACUCGCAUCGCCAUUCGCGCGGGCGCAUGAGCGCGUUAUGGGAGGAGGAUGAGAGCGAGUGCUCCACAGACGUCGGCGCGAGCAGCGCCGAGGUGAGCCGCGCAAGCACACCUGCGCCCGUCGCGGCCGCCGAGGGCUACCUCAGUGUCCAUCCUGGUUAUGGGUACGAGGGCCGGAGCGCGACGCCCCCGCCGGGCUGGCCGUAUACGGCCGGCCCUGGUGCUGGAGUAGGAGCGGGCGGAAGCCCUACCCGCCGCUUCAUGCCGCACGCGAUGCACCGCCGCGCCUCGAUGUCCGAGUCGGAGCUGCUCCAGCACCUGCAAGUGCAAGGAGACACGCCCCCGCCCUCGCCGGGCGCGUCGCCCGACAGCAAGCUGCGCGACUACGCGCGCCAGCACGCACAGCAACACCAUCGCGCCAUGUCCACACCUCUCUCCUCGCCCUCCGCGCCGACGACAUCGCCCGCGCGCCCCGCGUCCACUACAGGCCACGGGCUCUCCGCGAGUCUGCCUACGCACGCACUGCCUGCGCCUGCAUUCGCCGGCUCCGCGAGCGCGGGAUACACGGGCCUGACGCUCCCGCACGCGAGCUACACCCCAAAACACGGCCGGCCGCAGCGCGACGGGCACGUCGACCUCGUGCGCGCGGGCCGCGCGCAGAGCAGCAUGGCGACGGUCGAGGUCGUGCGCGGGGCGGCCGCCUCGCUGCCCGCGGGCUCGCCGCUCACGCGCACGCGCACGCGGCUCUCGCGCGGGUUUUCGCUGAGCAUCAGCCGCGGGAAGGGCAAGGGCGCGCGGCGCCGGAGCCACAGCCGCGAGCCGGAGCGCGAGCGCGAGCGGGAGAAGGGCAAGGAGCGCGCGCGGGACGGCGCGACGCCGGCGCACCUGCGCGGGGCGCUGCCGCUGCCGGUCGUGUUCACGGCGCACGUGCCGCCGCCGGCGUUCGUGCCGGGCUCGCACGUGCUCGUGCAGGUGUUCGCGGUGGGCGUGGACGCGCUGGACUCGCUCGUCGUGCAGGAGAAGGCGGAGCGCCGGGGCGGCGCGGGCGCGGGGAAGCGCCGCGGGUUCGUGCCCGGCCGCAGCUUCGUGGGGCGCGCGGUGGAGUGCGGGUUCGAGGUGAGCCGCGACGUGUGCCGCAAGGGCGACUGGGUCCUCGGGCUGCUGGACGUGCGCAAGUGCGGCGCGCUCGCAGAGUUUGUCCUCGUCGAGCGCCACCGGGUGGUCCGCUCGCCGCAGCCGCGCGCACGGUCGUCGUACCUCCGUCCCCCCGCGCCGCAGCACACACGGCCACACGCGGACGCUGAGCUCGCGCUGCUCCCGCUGUGCGGCCUCCCGGCGCACCGCGCCGUGCGCACCUUCGCCGACGCGCUCGCCCCGCGGCCCGGGCGCGGCCGCGAGCGCCCCCGCGCGCUCAUCCUCAUGGGCCACGACGGCCCCGGCGCGAUGGCGCUCCAGAUGCUCGGCCGCAAGCGCGCGCACGGGCCGGAGGACGGCCACGGCGCGCAGGAGGACGGCCAUAACGCGCAGGAGCAGGAGGGCCGCCCCUCGUCGGAGGCGCGCGCGUUCGGCAGGCGCGCGGCGGUCGAGGCGCGCCUGCGCGCGUGGGGCGCGGAGGAGGUGUGUGUCGGUGACCCGCUGAGCGUGCUGGAGCGCUUCGUGGACGAGGGCCGCGCGUUCGACGCGGUGCUUGACACCGUGGGCGGCGUGUGCGUGUGGGAGGCCGCGCAGCGGCUGCUGUCGACCGUCCCGUCCGCGCCGGCGACCCAGUCGGCGCCGACGCUCUCCGGCACGUUCGCUGCAUCAGAGGACGCGAACCACCACGACGAACGCGAGGCGCCACAGAAGAAGACGCAGACGUCGUACGCGCAGUUCACGACGCUCGUCGGCGACACGCCGUCGCGGCCCGUCCCGAAGGCGCAGGACAACCUGCGCUCCGGGCUGCGCUCGCUGCGGCGCGCGAUGUCGACGAGCUCGCCGUCGAAGGGCAGCGCGUCGGGGUCGGGGUCGUCUGGGCGCGUGUUCGGCACGGGCGGGAAGGCGAAGGCGAAGCGCGCGGUGGGCUACACGUGGAUCAGCGUCGCGGUGGACAUGGACGAGGGCGAGGACGUGCGCGACUCGCUCGGCGCGGUCGUGGGCAUGGUCGAGGAGGGCCGGGUGCGCCCGUGGCUCGGGAGCGCGGAGGACGGGGGCGAGGAGCGGGUCGUGCCGUUCGAGGACGCGCCGGAGGUGUUCCGCCGCGGCGCGGAGGGCCCCGUGGGCGUGCUGAAGGACGGGGGGACGUGUGCUGUCAAGAUCGGCGCGUACUGA